AUGGCAAAUUCAAUCCAUCGCCGUAUCUCGGCGUCUACUCAGCUCUCUUAUCUGAGCAAUAUCCCCUCUUUACCAAGGGAUACCCCUAUAACUCGAAUCUCCUUGAUGAUCCACGGCUGGACCUGUCGCGCAACACAUUAUAUCCCUCUAAUAACCCUUCUCUCGGAACAGGGGUUCGGCGCUGAAAAUGGAUAUCUCUAUAUCGCUGUUGAUUUACCUGGUCAUGGGGAGUCGAGCUCGUCUACACUUCCUGAGCCUGAAAAGGGGGGAUUAAUAGAACUUCUUCAGGUGUUUUAUGAAGAGAUUCUGUCCGGACUACCGUCACAAACUGGGGCUGAUAGUGAAACGAAUAAUUCAAAUCCAAUCCCACUUGACUUUUACGGUCAUAGUAUGGGUACAAGGGUGGGAUUUGGAUUAUAUUCUUUUCUUUCUUCGACAAUCUUCAACGAUAUGAAGGUUUUGCCGACCCAUUUUAUCUUUCUCGACGGUUCAUUUACAAGUACCAAUCCACCUGAUCCAAUCAGUAUUAGUAUGAUGAACCAAUAUGAAGAGAUACUGAAAGAGAGAGCACUAGGUGGAAUGCAUAAGUAUUUUGGUUCAAGGACAUCGGAGUCCUUCAAGACUGAGAUGAGGACGUUUAUGGCGUAUUCCGACUUCCCUUAUCUUUUGCGAAUUGCGCAUUGGUAUAGUGGGUAUGACUGCUUUAUUCCCUCGCUUAUGGAUGAUUUAAGCACGAGGAAUCAUGAGUGGGUUUCGGAGGGGAAGGAACCUGUGAGGAUUUUGAAUAUUCAGGGACAGGAAGUUGGUCCUGAUGGGAGACAUAGUAUUCAUAAGGAUUUUGUGACUGUUUAUAUGGGAUUGUUGAGGGAGCAUCUGACGCCGUGGGUGACGGAGUAUGUUAUUGAGGAUACGAGUCAUUUUGUACAUGUUGAUGAUGUUGAGGAGGUUGCGAGGCAGUUGGUGCAUCUUCAUGCUGGUGGAGUGGAUGCGGUGAAUUCUAAGCAUGAGCAGGCCAGAUUAUGA